AUGGAUAAAGAACCACAAUACUCUAUGAACCACAUCACUGUUGAAGGUGACAAACUCAACUUCGAGUGUAAGAAAGAGAAAUGGAACACAAACUGUUACUUUACUCAACACGACGCGGAUACAAAAACGCCAUAUGAGCUCUUAGAAGCUAGAGUAAAGAGGUUUCCCGAAGAACCAGUGUUUGGCUACAGAGAGAAGAAAGAUGGGAAAUAUCAAGACUAUGAGUGGCUCAAUGGAAUCAACGUGAUGGAAUUAGUCGACGCAGUAGCAGGCGGGUUGGUCAAUUUACUUCAACUAAAAAAGGGGGACACGUGUGGGUUGAUGACAAGAAAUAGAUACGAGUGGUAUAUAUUACAAUUUGCUAUGGAGAGACAAGGCAUCAUUCCAAUACCAUUAUACGGCACUUUUGGUCUUGAUGCGCUCGACUUCAUCAUCAAGAAACUUCAAGUCAAAUUCCUGUUUUGUAGCCCCGUUAAUAAAGGUGUCGAAUUGGUCCAAAGAAACCCACAGCUUCGACUUGUAUCUUUUGACACUGCCAUUCCUAAAGACGUCAUAGAAGAAAGAAUGGAGAUCUUCACUUAUUCACAGAUUCUUGAAUUCGGGAGAAAGAACCCCGUUGAAAAAGACUUACCAAAUAUCGACGACACUUAUUCUGUUAUAUUCACAUCGGGCACAAGUGGUAAUCCAAAAGGUGUAGUACAUACACACAGGACUAUUAACAAUGCUGUCUGGUCUUUCUGUUCGUGUGGAUACUUUGACCCCGAUGUCAUUUUGAAAGGAAGAGUGAAUUACUCGUACCUCCCUUCUGCUCACGUGUAUGACCAACAAAUAGUUCUUUCAUUCACUUAUGGAUAUGGGUCAACAGGUUUCAAUUCUGGUGGAAUUCCAAUGAUGGUGGACGACUUCAAAUACCUCCACCCAACGUUUUUGAUUACCGUGCCAAGAGUACUUCAGAAGAUCUACGACAAAUUCAUUGAAAAGGUGAACGAGUCAUGCAUCUCAUCGACAAUUUAUAAAGUCGCGUAUUACUACAAAAGUAAUGCCGUCAAAAAUAACACCACAACAUUGGUCAAUUGGGACGCAAUCAUCUUCGACAAAAUCAAGGACAUGUUAGGUGGAAAAUUGGACGUUGUGUUAAAUGGAAGUGCGCCAUUAACACAAGACUUAUUCCAGUGGCUUAGAACAUGCACCGGGGCUAAGAUCUUCCAAGGCUACGGGUUGACAGAAUCUUUUGGUGGAUUUUGUACAGCAGCCCCUGGUCUCCAUGAUGAUAAUCACACCUCUGUAGGAUCGCCAUGUAUUGACUGUCAUAUGAGAUUGGUGAGUAUACCAGAAAUGGAGUAUGACGUUACUAAUGCAGAGCCAACCGGUGAAAUUCAGAUCAAAGCCGCUCAAAUCUUCAAAGAGUAUUUCCAAGACGAGUUAAUGACAAAAUCGGUGUUUACCGAUGAUGGAUAUUUCUGCACGGGUGAUGUUGGAAGAAUCAAUUACGAUGGGUCUAUAAGCAUUAUUGAUCGAAAGAAGAACUUGUUCAAAUUGGCACAGGGAGAGUACAUCGCUGUUGAACCAUUAGAAAAUUUGUACUGCCUCAACAACCUUGUCCAGAACAUUUUCAUAUAUGGGGAGAGUACAGACGACUUCAUUGUAGCCAUUGUAGUCCCGGAGCAAAAGGACUUCGAGGAGUUUAUGGCACACACAUGUGGAUAUCAAGGAACUUCAUUUGCUGAUUACUCUGCUUUUGCGGCGAAGAAGUCGGUGAAGUUGGCGUUAAUGAGAGAGUUAGAAACACAUGCUAGAGGUAAGGGAGUCCCAGGCUAUGAAAUAGUCAAAAACAUCUUUGUUGAGACUACCCCAUUCUCUGAAGCAAAUGACUUACUCACUCCUUCUUUCAAACUUAGAAGACCACAAAUUAAGAAGAGAUAUGCACAAGUACUUUCUUCUCUUAGAACACAAGUCCUUAAUGGCAAUUUGGAAUAA